GUGAGCAGACGCCGGGGCGCUCGUGGCCGCGCGCCGGUUCGUUGGUCCGCGGGUCGUACUUUUUUGACCGAAACAGACGGCCGGCUUCUCCAAACGCGUCGUCUGCUAGAAAAAAAGUGGGGGACAACGUGUGCAACGUGUGUUAACGACAGGAAACUAGGGCUUGCAGUGUCAGUGUUGUGGCGGUGCUCUUGAUCGUUCUUUCUCCGGCGUUGUGUGCUGUUUGUGGCGAAAGCGCGAAAUGGCGCGCGUGUGAUAUCGCCCGCUUUGGCAGUGUUCCAGCUGUGAAACGUCAACGGACCAACCCUGUGUUCGCGUGUGGCCACCCACGGACCAACGCCGUCUGCUGCUUUCCCGACGGAGGACGUGUGUUCAGGCCGUACUGAAACGUCUGCUCCCGGGUUUCCCGCCGUGUGCUUCUUCGUGACCUUCGUGCCGCAUUUUUUCCUCUGUGCUUGAUCAAGGUGAACGAUUAGCUCGGCGUGUAAAUUAGACCGGCUCCCGCUGAACGUCUGUUUCGUUCGACACGGUUACAUUGCGGAGACACGUGGCAUAAUUUGGUGGUUGUUCUCGCUUUCAGCCCCGUGAGUCACCGAACGUUAUCUGCUUGCUUUAUUGCGAGGUAAUCAGAAGUCCUAGCUACCACCGCCUGUCGCGGACGCCAGAAGGGUGUUCUAACAGGGCGGAGCCAUCGCGCUUCGUUGCGCUUGUGGAUAUCAAUUAACUCCGCCUCCGACCUCGGAGACCUGUGGCUUCACACCGUGUAGCAGGCUCUGGAUCUUGAUUCGUGGUGUUAUGUGCGAGCUGAACCAAUCGCCGUUACUAAUGCAGCAAAAGCGCCGGGUUUAACUUUUUUUAUUUUUAUUUUUUUACCGGAGCAAGGCGUGUGGUUCGAAAAAAGAUUGGCCUCUUGUCGGGAAGUGCCGGAGCUAUUGUCCUGCGAUUAUAUUUCUUCUGUUUGUUUCGAUGGAUCCAACCAGAACCAGUACAAUGUUUUAAUAGAAACCUGCUCGUCACCACUUCUUAUUUUUCGUCUGGCUCCUCUCGGCGCACGAAACUGUGUACGCGGGCUGCACAAAGCACUCCGAUCAAUCACGACGCGACUAACUGCCGUGACGUCAGGCAUCCGGUACAGAAAAGCGCUGAAAAGGGUUAUGGCACUACGGGCAGACGUCCAGGCCUCGCGCGCGCUGCCGGCGAUGCCACGCUGAUGCCAACCUCGUCAUCGCCUCUGAUGGAAGCGACGCGACUGCUGGACGCCGGCUGCCUGGGACGCCUGGGCCGACCGCUGCCGGGACCUUACGCGCCGUUCGGCACUCCCAUGGCGCCGUACAGCAUGGCCGCCUACCCGCCGCACCACGUGCCCUACUCCAUCGACGGCAUACUGCACGGCUCGCACGCUGCGGCAGCGUCGCACCACGGUGGACCGUUGGGUCUUGUGAUGGCCUCUAGUCCUGGCCACGCGGCCCUGGUGGGCUCCCGGGCGGCCGUGCUGAGCCAUAGGAUUGCGGCGGCUGCCGCUCAACAUCAUCAUCAUCAGGAGGCUCAGCAGCAGCAGCAACACCAGCCGGCCGCCAGGGUAUCUUCGCACCGAUCGAAGGCCAAGUCAUCAUCCACGCCGGCAGAGUCAUCCCCACUGUUUCAACUCAUCCAAAACGCAUCUUCAAAUUUCAAGGAAAAGUACGCCGCAGAGUCAGACAAAGAUGGCGGCAGCAGCAACGGCGGCAGCGGCAAGCGGCGGCGGACGAGGACCAACUUCAACGGCUGGCAGCUGGAGGAGCUCGAAAAGGCGUUCGAGGCCAGUCACUACCCGGACGUCUUCAUGAGGGAGGCCCUCGCCAUGCGGCUAGACCUCAUCGAAUCACGCGUACAGGUGUGGUUCCAAAACCGCCGGGCCAAGUGGCGCAAGAAGGAGAACACCAAGAAGGGUCCCGGUCGGCCAGCGCACAACGCGCACCCCCAGACCUGCUCGGGCGAACCCAUCCCUCCCGAGGAGAUCGAGCGACGAGAGCGGGAUCGCCGGGAGAAGAAGCUGCGCAAGCAGCUCGAGCGCCAGGCCAAGAGGCUGCAGCAGGCGCGCCUCAAGCCUGGCGUGAACCUCGCGAGCCUGCGAGAGACAAUCCAGCAAUCGCUAACGGAACUGUGGAACACCAACCCCACCAAGGAACCACGGGCCCUGGUUGGUCCAGAAACAUUCCGCCUCUUGGAGACUCUGGGCUUCGACGUGCUUGAAGUGCUAUCCCGGGCACGCUUCGAACCACCGAGGCGACAAGACAUGGCUCCACCGUCCAGAUCUUCGGCCGACGACAGCUCCUCGGACGUGCCAGCGCACCGUUUCAUGACACUUCUAACUACGACGACGCCACCUGGCGUGGCCGUCGUCAGUGGCGGCUGCGGCAAUGGAGGAGGCAAGUCGUCUGCCUUCAGCAUCGAGAGCCUUCUGGCGUCUCGAGGAGGCUCGCGGGAACAGACGAAGCACGUGACGCCGCUGCGACUACCUAUGGCCACAACGACAGCGAGUGGCUUUCCGCUCGUGGUCCAGCAACCUAUGGGAUUUUUGGUGCGCCCCGAACUGCAGGAACGCGGCGACGACGAUGACGCCAGUGAGGAGCGAUUCUAUCAGCAGCGUCGGCAGCAGCAGGACUGCUGCAGCUCGGCCGAGGAUGACUUCAGCGAUCCGGACGUCACCGGCUGCGACGAGGACUCUGCCUCCCAGGCGGACAGACGACAAAGAAGACAGCGGCAAGACGACGAUGACGUCAGUGUUGGUGGCGAUGACGUUCGCGUUGACGACAUGAGUGACGUGGCGUUGCGCGAGGAACGGAACAGGGACGCGUCUGAUGACGAAUCGGUGUCCGUCCACGUAGCAGACGACGACGAAGGUGCGGACGGUGACGACGAAAGAGAUGCGUGGUAACGGUGACAGAACCACAGUAACACGCACAACACAACGACGAUGCACUAUUCUCUGAGCAGCGCAAAGAAAAUUGGUUUGUGAAACACUCACUUCAGCGAAUGCUAUUUUAUAUCGAAGUCAAAGGAUAAAUUUCUAAACAUUGAGGCAUUGGCGGCAAUCUUCGCGACGCAAAAUUACAGAUACGUAUUUUCGGGCUGUAACGUAGUUUGGCUUGCACAUGAUUUUCCGCCUGGAGAAAGAUAGUGCUUUCAAAAGUUGUCACCACUUUCUACAACAGUUGGUGUUCAAAUCCGCGCCCUAGUGGUGCCCUCUGGAUUUAAAAUGCGGAUCUUGAUGGCUGAGCUUUUGCUGGUUGCAUGCGGCGGAUGCGACUGCAAGAGCCCGAAACACAUCAUGGACGUUGGUUUUUGGACAUAGCACUUCUAAGAAGCCGCCAUAUGUUGGCAUAAAUGUCCGACAUGGUUGCGGAUAGGACACUGGCAUAACUCUGAAUCGAACAGUAGUGGUUGCUUGCGCUGCUCAAGAGCCUUUGCAGACGUGCGUUGUAGUUUCUCUGGUCUCACACUAGAAGGUGUGGAAGUGACAUUACUUGGACAUUACGAGGGACAUAGUGGUUCUUGUUCUUUAUUUAUUAUAUAUACGCCGGUUCAAGUCCUCUCCAAGUGCAAAUGUAGGUGCGGGUCUUCUUUGGGGUAGGAAAGCCGCCAAGACUUGGUAACUUGCUGUUGCUGGUAUGAAAUGACGCUCGCGUGUGCUUGCUUACAAAUGUGUGUGCGUGAGUGUGUUCUAGAUAAUUACGCGUGUCUCUUUCUUUUAUUUCUUCGGCGAAGAAGGCCCGCGUCGUGAUUUAGUCUAGAGAGUCGCUAUUAAGGCGCGUAUAUGAUAUGGAGCGACGGUGUACUGUCUUCAUUGAUUCGUUAAUCUGUUUGUCCACUUUGACCGGUGUCAUCUCACGUCACCGCAAUGCCGACAAAUGAAAUACGUGGCCGUCUCUACUUCUUCGAUCCAGAAAACAGGUUCACUAGCCAGGCUACAGGAUGACAAAUUUCCCUCUGAGAAAUGGCGGCGUGUUCGUGGACAGCUCGAAGUUCGCAUAGAAAAGUGUUACAUGUAAGUUGAGACAUUUAUUUCAGCAUAAUGGACGGGGGAGGGGGGGGGGGGAGGUAGGCAAGCACUUGUGGUGUGGCCGGGGUCGUGCCGGUUUUGAUUCGUUAUUUUGUUGACAACCUAGUAGCAAAGUGCUCUUCUGCUGCAAUAUUUUUUUUGUGCUCAUUUUGCUCCGUCAAUCUCGUAAGUGUCGCGAGACAAUAAUCGUGACCGCUACACUUGUUUGUUUCAAUGUUGUGUCAAACGUUGGUUUUCAAGGCAGUUUUUCACUACUGUACCUCAUUAAACAGAAACUCAGGUUGUUCAGAACAGCAUAAACUUGUAACAAUGAAAAAUUACAUAGAGUAUGCAGUGUUUGUGGUCUCAGAAACGCUGCGACUGCAAGCAUGUCUGAAGACCAAAACGAAACUGCGAAAGCGAUCCAAAGUUUAAAAAAGUCAAGUGUUUGAAGCGGCCUUGAGAGGCACGUUACGAAACCCCGUUAUGAAUUUGUGUUGACGACGAGCGCAAAUACGUAGUGUCAUUCCAUUCAGACAGAAGACUUCUGUUGAUGAAACAGUUCUUGGUUGUGAUGUUUUGCGUCAUUCCAUUUGUCUGUUGUGACUGUAUAAAGUAUGAGGUAAGAAUAUGUUUUUUUUUUUUUUUCACAACACCAAAUUUCUUUUGUCGCAAGAAAGAAACUGAGACUUUAUUAAAUGGCCUUCACUAUGA